GCGGCUGUCGACUUCCUACCUACGUCGGACAGACAGGCCACCCCCUUCCUCCCGGUCCCCACGCCGGCACCCCCCCCUUCCCCCCGACCGAUUGAUCCGCUCCCUCCGAGGGACUCACAUUGGCCUCCCGACUGGGGGAUAGCCACCACCACCACCAGCCCCUAGACUCACCAGGUCGCCCUGGCCUUAAGGCUGAUUGACUUUGCCACCCCGUGACAUGCGCACAGAUAGCUGCCCCAUACUUGCCCCAUAGCUGUUCUCCAUCCCUCCCCUCCCCUACAGAAUCCUUGUCUCACCACCUCAGGACCCCCACCCCAGGAAAUCUUAGAUCGACUUCAGGACUCCCGGCCGGCUCCACCCCACUCCAGGUCACACUAAUCCUUACAUUUAGACACAUAGACACAUUGACACUGGCCACCUCCCUCCCAGACACUCCCAUCUUGUCACCGACAGUUUCUUUCCAUCAUGGGAAAGUCAGAGAGUGUCUUUUUCUCUCGCGCACACACACACACACACACACACACACACACACACACACCUUCUGCCAAAAGGCAGCUUUGUCCAUUGUCACAGGCAACAGGUGGGCAGACACUCCCCCUUCCUAGUAGUUAUAGGGUGACAGUGCCUCACCUCUAGGAUUCACUGCCAGCUUCAUCACCACAGGAUCCAGCCAGCAGACUCCCAGGCUGCUGUGUGCUGGAGGAAGUUCCCCUGGAGGUGCUGAGGCAGAGGGAGUCCAAGUGGCUGGACAUGCUCAACAACUGGGACAAAUGGAUGGCCAAGAAGCACAAAAAGAUUCGUCUUCGGUGCCAGAAGGGCAUCCCACCUUCUCUUCGGGGACGAGCUUGGCAGUACCUGUCAGGAGGCAAGGUGAAACUUCAGCAGAACCCUGGAAAAUUCGAUGAGCUGGACACGUCUCCUGGGGACCCCAAAUGGCUAGAUGUGAUUGAACGUGACCUGCACCGGCAGUUCCCUUUCCAUGAGAUGUUCGUGUCCCGAGGAGGCCAUGGCCAGCAGGACCUGUUCCGUGUGCUGAAGGCCUACACGCUGUACCGCCCGGAGGAGGGCUACUGCCAGGCCCAGGCCCCCAUUGCUGCUGUGCUGCUCAUGCACAUGCCCGCUGAGCAAGCCUUCUGGUGUCUGGUACAAGUCUGCGAGAAGUACCUGCCCGGCUACUAUAGUGAGAAAUUGGAGGCAAUCCAGCUGGAUGGCGAGAUCCUCUUCUCACUACUACAGAAGGUGUCUCCUGUGGCUCACAAGCACCUCAGCCGGCAGAAGAUCGACCCCCUGCUGUACAUGACAGAGUGGUUCAUGUGUGCCUUUGCACGUACCCUGCCUUGGAGCUCCGUGCUGCGAGUCUGGGACAUGUUCUUUUGUGAAGGAGUCAAGAUCAUCUUCCGUGUGGGGCUGGUACUGCUGAAGCACGCACUAGGCUCCCCUGAGAAGCUCAAAGCCUGCCAGGGCCAGUAUGAAACCAUCGAGCAGCUGCGGAGCCUCAGCCCCAAGAUCAUGCAGGAAGCCUUCUUGGUCCAAGAGGUGAUAGAGUUGCCUGUGACAGAGCGCCAGAUUGAGCGGGAGCACCUCAUCCAGCUGCGGCGCUGGCAAGAGACCCGUGGUGAGCUGGAGUGUCGCUCUCCGCCUAGGAUGCAUGGUGCCAAGGCCAUCCUGGAUGCAGAGCCUGGUCCCCGACCUGCCCUGCAACCUUCACCGUCCAUCCGCCUACCCCCAGAUACAACCCUCCUCAGCUCCAAAGCUAAGCCAUCCAAGCAGGUUCAGAAGGAGCAGAGGAGGACAAAGGCCAGUGGACAGAUGGAAAAGUCCCCAGCCCCCACUCCAGGCACAGUGGUGACUGCUUCAGGAGAUGCCUGUCCUCCUCAGGAUGUGCCCCCAAAGAACUCAGUCUCCCAGGACCCAGUCCCGCAGGACUCUGCUCCCCAGGACUUAGUCUACCACCGUUCGCAGGAGAGCCUGACCUCCCAGGAGAGUGAGGACACCUACUUGUAACCCCGGGAGUUCAGGCCUCCAGGUGGGGUCUCCACACAUCUUACACGGUUCAGAGACUGACAACACUCCAGGUCCUGUGUACCUGAAGGCUCAUCUGCUUGGCCACUGGGCUGGGGUAGAAUCUGGCUGGCCCAGUACAGAUUCUGCCUGAGCCUCCUAUUUAUUUUCUCUUGAGUCAAGCUGGCCCAGCCAGCAGAGGCAGAAGCUAUGGCCGAAGGAGUUGGGUCUCACUCAGCCCAUCCUUCUGGGGUGUUUCCCAGGGCUGGGGUGCUGACAUGCGGGGAAGCGGUGGGGUACUCUUUGUGUAAAAUAGAAACAUGGUUUUGUACGGAAAUAAACAGGCUUGUAUAGAGA